AUGAACUUCUCAAACAUCACCAAUGUUAAUGAUGGGUUUCUCGGUAACAGUGACCUUUAUGGCGGUUUGAAUAACAGCGUGUUGGGGAACUUCACACAGACCACGGAACCAUGUGAGGACGUCUGGUGCGUCAUACAAACAAUAUGCAUCGUUAUUAUUACCGUCCUAAUCAUCCUGACUAACUUAAUGGACAUUGCUGUCAUCUACCUCAGUUUUGACACCUUCGAUGCGCCUGAAUACUUCAUGCUGUCGUUGGCUUUUGCUGACCUCGGCGUGGGAAUACUGGUCACGCCAUUUUCCAUUCUCCCGUCGUACUACCAGAGAUGGUUGUACGGUUUGGAGUGGUGUUCAGUGACUGCUACCGUGGCAGCCAUAUUGUGCAGUGUAUCAAUUUACUCUCUGAUGCUGAUCAGCGUUGAUCGAUACCUGAACAUCAUGUACCCACUUCACUCCCUAAGGCUCAUCACAAAAUCCCGAUGCAUGGCUGCUAUCGCAGUGACGUGGAUCUUAAGCCUCGUGGUGCACGUCGUCAACAAAAUAGUGGUGAACAAGUACUACUUCGAUGACAGGUCUUAUAUCUGCUCCAUAGACUUUCCAAAUCAGCCAACCUUCACCAUAACUCUCACAGCAACCGUUGUGGCACCGCCUAUGGUUAUAAUUUGUUUUGUUUACGUCCGGAUAUUCUGCAUUGCCACACGCCAUCGUGCCAAACUCAACGAGUUGAGACAGUUAUCUUCUCAGGCGCCACAGGCAAGUGCUACAGUUUCUAUGCGCUUAACAUCUGCGUGGAAAAGUGUUAAAAUGUAUGUCUUCAUCAUCGGUGGAUUCUGCUUCGCCUGGAUUCCAUACUCAUUGUUAAACCUGGUACUUUGCACCACUGAUUUACAGGUCCCUAAACUUCUUGGCUUCAUUAUUUUGUGGAACGCAAUGGCCAACUCCUUCUGGAACACCAUUAUCUACUUUCUCAUGCACAAAAAGUACAGAGAAGGUUGUAACAAGAUUUUGGAAUACGUAACAUCCAGACACAGGAUCACAGAUCAUCGCUGA